UAAACAUUACUAAACCAUAGAUCGACGGGGUAUUUUAAAUACACUAUAUGUGAUACAGCAUGGAAAACAUUCCAGAGCAGCUGCUGGAAAAUCUUGAGAAGCUGGGGAGGAAUGACCUGAGGUUUUUCCAGUGGCAUCUGACCAAUGGUGUGGAAGGUUUUAAACAUAUCCCAGAGGAUCAGCUGUCGGAACCUAAUGCAUGUAACACUGUAUAUAAGAUGGUGCAGAGUUACGGCCCAGGUGGAGCUGUGGAGAUCACAGUGGCCAUCCUGAAGAAGUUGAACAAGAAGCAACUGGCUGAGGAACUGAGGAUCAAACACAACCAGGCAGGUCUAGUUCAGACCACCACUGCUCAGAGAUGCCAAGUCCAGACCAUCACAGCUCAGACUGGAGGAAGUAUCAUUGCACCUACUCUACAAGGAAGUGUGUUUUAUGGUGCAGUUAAUAUUACCUGUGGAAAUAGUUCUAAAGCAGAAGGUCAGGUAGCUUCCAGCACAGAACCACUUGGACUUUGCAAUAAGAAUGCUGCUCUCACUGAAGGUGAACAUAAGGAUUCAGAAACUAAGCUGCUCAAAUCCAUUUUGAGAAGCCAAUAUUCCACAAUAUAUGAGGGAACAGCAGCAACAGGAAGUCACGUGAACUUUAAUGAGAUUUACACAGAGCUCUAUGUACUGAAGGACUGGAGAGGAGGAAUCAGUACAGACCAUGAAGUCAUACAGAUAGAGUCUGGAGUCUUGAGACGGGAUACAGCAGACAUUCCACUCAGUUUCAAUGAUGUUUUCAGUGAUGAGAAUGGGAAAAAAGUUCUCACACUAGGAAUAGCUGGGAUUGGGAAAACAGUGUGUGCUCAGAGGUUUGUAUUAGAUUGGGCUGAAGGAAAAUCCAAUCCAGAUAUAGAUUUUGUCUUUCUUAUUCCUUUCCGAGAGCUGAAUCUUCUGAAAGAUGAACAAUAUAACCUGCAUGAUCUUCUUCUGUACUCCUACCCAAAACUCAGAAAUUUAAAAGAAACUGGGCUUUUUGACGAUAAUUGCACAUGUGUGUUCAUCUUCGAUGGAUUGGAUGAAAUGAGAAAACAACUGAAUUUCAAACAGAAGAAAAUUACAGAUAUAACUAAGAAGGCAUAUGUUGAUGUCCUGGUAACAAACCUCAUCACAGGAGCUCUACUUCCAACUGCUUCUGUCUGGAUCACCUCCAGACCUGCAGCAGGAGAUCAAAUCCACAGGAAAUACAUCCACCUGAUGACAGAAGUACGAGGAUUCAUCACUGACCAACAGAAGGAACAGUACUUCAGGAAUCAAAUCAGUGAACAGGAUCAGGCCAGCAGAAUCAUCUCACACAUUAAACAGUCAAAGACCCUCAAUAUCAUGUGCCACAUACCCAUUUUCUGUUGGAUCACAGCCAUAGUGCUUCAGCAAAUCAUGAAUCAAUGUAAUAAGGCCCCCAGGAGCCUAACAGAAAUGUUUGUGCACUUUCUUAUUAUUCAGAUGAGCACAAAGAGUGAGAAAUAUAAUGAAACUCCUCAGAAAGACACAAAAAAACUUCUGGAAUCCAACAGGGCCAUGAUUCUGAAACUGGCUGAACUGGCAUACAGACAGCUAAUAAAAGGAAAUGUCAUGUUUUAUGAAGAGGACCUGAGAGAGUGUGGCAUUGAUGUCACCGAGGCCUCAGUUUAUUCUGGGGUUUGUACAGCGAUCUUUAAGGAGGAAUCUGUGCUUUACCAGAGGAAGAUCUACUGCUUUGUUCAUCUGAGCUUUCAGGAGUUCAUGGCUGCUUUCUAUGUGUUUCACUGUUAUGUGAACAACAACAUGGAGGUACUGCAGAAUUUUAAACAGCAGUACAUGUACACGCCCAUGUAUGCUGAUGUGGACAAUUACAACUACAGGUUUGGGGAAGAUUCACUGCAUGAUCUGCUGAAGGCAGCAGUGAAUAAAGCCUUAAAGAGUAAGAAAGGACAGCUGGACCUUUUCCUCCGUUUCUUGCUGGGCAUCUCGCUGGAGUCCAAUCAGAGUCUCCUACAAGGCCUACUGACACACACACAGGGCAGCUCAGAAAGCAUCAACAAGACAGUGAAGUACAUUGGAUACCUAAUAAGAACAGAGGACCAUUGUACCGAGAGAUCCAUCAAUCUCUUCCUCUGUCUGACUGAAAUGAAGGACCAAUCUCUCUCGAGAGAGAUUCAGGAGUAUCUAAAAUCAAAGAAACAGUCAGAAAAUAAGCUCUCUACUGCACACUGCUCAGCAAUAGCCUACAUGCUGCAGAUGUCAGAGGAGGUGCUGGAUGCACUGGACCUAAAGAAAUACAACACAUCACAGGAUGGUUACAGGAGACUGAUACCAGCUCUCAGCAACUGUAGAAGGGCUCUACUAGUUGGCUGUAAUUUCACCACAGACUGCAGUGAAAAACUCUGCUCUGCCUUGACAUCAGCAAACUCCCACUUGAGGGAAUUGGAUCUAUGUUACAAUUAUCUUCAGGAUUCAGGGGUAAUCAUACUCUCUGUGGGACUAAAGAGCUCAAACUGCCAACUGGUGAUUCUCAGAUUAUCUGGCUGUGGUCUCACUGGAGAAUCCUGCAAAUCUCUCACAUCAGUUCUACAAACAGAAAACUCCUUAAAGGAGCUGGAGCUCAAUAACAAUGAUCUACAGGAUUCAGGAGUGGAGGAGCUCUGUGCUGGACUUACGAGUUUACGCUGUAUACUGGAGAUACUUGGAUUGUCUGGUUGUUUGGUCACAGAAAAAGGCUGUUCUUCUCUGGCUUCAGCUUUGAGUUCAAACCCCUCACAUCUGAAACAACUGGAUCUGACCUACAACCACCCAGGAGACUCAGGAGUGAAAUUGCUCUCUGGUAGAUUGGAUACACUCAGGGUGGAGAAGGCAGGGGAGAUGAGAAUCAAAUCUGGCCUAAGGAAAUACGUGUGUGAGCUCACACUGGACCCAAACACAGUGCACACGCGUCUCUCUGUGUCUGACGGGAACAGAAAGGUGACACAUGGAAAUGGAAAGCAGUCGUAUCCUGAUCAUCCAGAGAGAUUUGAUGGCUGGUAUCAGGUGCUGUGUAAAGAGGGACUGUCUGAACGCUGUUACUGGGAGGCUGAGUGGAGUGGAGAAGAGGCUGUUAUAGCAGUGUCAUAUAAAGGAAUCAGCAGGAAAGGACACACUGGAGACUCUCAAUUUGGAUACAAUGAAAAGUCCUGGAGUCUGAACUGCUAUAAUAACAGAUACUGUGUUAUGCACAAUAAUCAGACGACUGUCAAAACUGACUUUAAAGUUCCCUUCCAAAGGAGAGUAGGGGUGUAUCUGGACUGGCCGGCCGGCAUUCUGUCCUUCUACUGUAUCUCUGCUCUAACAGACACACUCAUCCACUUAUAUUCAUUCCAGUCCACAUUUUCUGAGCCUCUCUAUGCAGGCUUUGGGGUUGACACUGAGGAUUCUGACUCGUCAGUGUGUGUGUGUGACAUGGUAUAGCAUAUAUGUGUCCUGGAGGAACACCUACAGAGAAAUACACAAAACUCUAAAUAUACAACUGGUAGAAUGAUGACAGAACUGAUGAACAUCAUAAUAUGCCCCUGCUUACACAAAACGCACAAUAGAAUUUAUUUUCCUUAAAAAAAGAAAAAAAAAUUGCUGGAAAAAAAAAAGUUUUAUUUUAGUAAUUGGAGAUAUAUUUUUGUCGUGGUCAAAAUCUUGUAAGAAAUUUGACACUUUUUUUCCCCAAUAUGUAAUGCUCAAGGCCAGAGCAAAUUCAGAAGGGUUUGUUGGUGGGGUACCUGUCAAUCAUUUUCGACUGCAGCCAAAUAGAUUGAAAAUACAAAAAUUAAAUAUCAGGAGCCCUACAGUGAUGAAGUAGAAUCUGUCCAAGUAUGUGGCAAAAGACUAUAAUAGCAGUUUAAGUGAGCGUGUGCUGUGUUCAAGCAUGAGGAACUGCUGCUUAUAAUGCAAAUGAAGUUGAUUUUAACACGACAGCCACUAGGUGGUGCCCUUGUUCCUGCCUAUGUUUUGUCUACAUGAAGAUCUUGCUGACUGUGAUUCGCUGUACUGUAUAUGACUAGGCUGAAUAGUGUGUAGUCUCAGUGUAUUAGUGAA